CUUCACAAGUUUUCGUCAACGAAGACAGAAGGCCAGCUGAAGCAAAACAAGUGUCUUUUUUCUGUUGUGAUCGUCGUACAAUGGGGGGUGGCCGGUGAACUAUAGAUACAUUAUUUAGUGAUUUAGUGUAUUUUAUCGUGCAUUUUUCCGUUCCGGCAAAGCAUCGGCAUCGUGCCUAGCCAACCAAUUGGAUCCGGACGAAUAGUGAUCUUUCCUGUUUGUGUAGACUGUAUUGAAGGUAGAGAGAAGGGGGAGAAAAGUUCGGGAAAAUUGUCAUCGAACAUUCGACGAGGGCCAAAGUGCAAUUUUCAGCCUGGCUGAAAUAGCUAGCGAAGGAAAACGAAUAGCAGAAUCGAGCCGUAACCGGAUACCGUACACAAAACCAUUUACAAUUUUGAAGGUGGAAAAUCAAUCACCACACUCACACACACACAUAUACCCCCACCAAAGAUUGUUUUUACAGCGCUAGAUAGGGAGAGAAGGGCAGAAGAGUGGGUUGGGAGCGAAGCUGGAUGCUUGCAGGAACUAAAUCGAACGCCAAUCCAGUCUAGGAUUGACGAAGUGGAUUAUGGCAGCGGAAGGGAUGAUGAGUUGGUGAGGCAAGGCGCGACGUCGAGUCACUCGAAUAGGGCCAGUAGUACGAACGUGGCUUCGAUUGCGUAUGUUGUGUUUUUGUGUGUGGUAACGUACUAAAACAACGGUGGGAACAAAGUAGGCAGAUCAUAUAGGAAGGUUGUACUGUAUCGAAUAUUUGGCUGUAGUUUGGUAAAAUAAUCUUGAAAAGAUGUUGUGCGGAGAAUGAUGUUAUGAAAGGUGGCAAAAGCUGGCAAAAUACUGGACAUCUUCAGCAACGGAGCAGUUGUAAAGUAGUCCCGCAGUGACAGAGACAUCAGCGCUUGCUGCUUACCGAUGCUUACGACGCGCGACCAGUGAAAACGAUUGAAAGUCUGGCAUCGUAACGUAAGGAAAGCGAUCGCAUCGGACAUCCACACGGAAUCACGUAAAUACGGACGCGUUGGAGCUAUGUAUUAAUUUGCGGCCGAUUGCGUAACUUAACGCUGUGGGACCGGACCGUGCAACGAUAAUAAGUGACCUACGGACCCGCUGCGACUUGUCCACACACCUUCAGGUUACCCUGUGAGAGGGCACCAACGACCUACGAACUGCGAUUAGCUAGAGUUCGAGUUUCGAACGCAGUGCAAUCAUUGCGCAGUGGAAGAGAGUAUCUGUUGCGGAUACACAAAUGCAAUAGACACCCUCACGACGAUCAAGAUGUCGAUCGAGCAACGAUUUAAUGCGGCAGUAAACGUAAUCAGGGGCCUGCCAAAGAAUGGACCGUAUCAACCGAGCAAUGAUAUGCUGCUACGAUUUUAUUCAUACUACAAACAGGCGACUAAAGGCAAAUGUUGUGAACGCAAACCCGCCUUCUGGGAUGUUAUUAAUCGUGCGAAAUGGGAUGCUUGGAAUCGGUUAGGAGAUAUGGACAAGGAAGUGGCUAUGCAGAAAUACGUCGAUGAAUUGAAAAAGAUUGUUGAAACGAUGUCCUACACCGACAAUGUGGCCAACUUUAUGGAGUACAGCAUGAGCGAACUGGAUAAUGUCAGUAUCCAGGAUUUGGAGAUGGUUGCACCGGAAGCGAUUAAAAAAGCUCGCUCUCGUCCAAACUCACCACUUGCUUCGCGCGAAGCCAGUCCAAAUCGACUGUCGCCAGUCACACCGUCGCCUCCGCCAAUGAUGUCCUCGCCGGUAGCACCAAUGGCCAAUGGUCAUGUGCACAAGCCAACGGCGAUCAAUGGAUAUGCGAAUGGUAGUUACGCCGGUCAUCACGCUGCACAUAAUCAGCAUCAUCAGACGAAUGGAUUUGUUUCGUCCACGAUAAGUAAUGGCGCUAGUUCGGGACCGUCUGAGCUAAGCGACGACGAGUACAUCGACACGUACGAUGAUGACUUCGAAAGCGAAACGACCACUGUGUUCCGUCCUAUUGAGGCCGUCAAUCACGCCCAUUACUAUCAAAAUGGUUUAUCGGGCCCGGUCGGUGCGCCCCUGGUUAACGGAGGUACGUUCCUACAUAGUUCAGAAGGGGCAGGAUUCGCGCGAACCGACGUGGCUGCUCAGAUUACGCGAACAAUCGAACGACUAAAUAGCAGCGUGCAGCAGAUACAGAGCCGCGUCAGUGUGAUUGAACAAUCGGUGGCUGAGUUGCGAGAGCAACAGCAGCAGCAAAUGACAAAGAUGCGUGCUUCCUCUGUUCGGUCUUCACGGCCUACCUGGUGGCCUUUUGCAGAGAUUUCUCCGGGGCUGUUAGCAUUCGUCAUACUUUGGCCGCUGGUGAUAAACCGAGUUACUGGCAGCUGGACGCAGAGGAAGCAACCCUGAAGUGCAAACACGUGCUGCUAAUGCUCUUCAAUCGUAACUGUCGGACGCCAAUCGUAUUGCUGGAACGGUAGAACAAAUUUUACAAGUUGUGAAUAGUAAUAAUAUUUAGCUCACGCCUUGGUGCAGUUCAUUCGCUUAGAGAAGGUAGACGACUCUUUACUCUGUGCAAACAGCACGCCCGUACUAUCAGUGAAGUAGUACGUGCAGGUGCCGUGAUCGAGGUGUGUGUGUGUGUUCGUGUUUGCAAGUUCCAAUUCCAGGAUUUUCAGCGUCACUCGCAUGCUUCUGCUGCCGAGUGAACAAACUCAAGCCAAUAACCAAUAGUCAGGUUACUACACCUCGACAGCUUUAGUGCAAUAGAUUUUGUAAUGGUGAAGUAGAGCGCGAAUAAGAAAUGAAAAGGAACAACAUUCCAUUGAUAGGGUGAACGAAAGCAGUUUGCUUUUUUACUUGCGAUUGGUGUAAAGGAGUGGUGGCAAUGAAGCCUGCUAAUUUAUGUGUUGUGUCUCAUCACAGUUGUGGUAUCGCUAAAGUUAAAGUGCAAUUUGUUUAUAUGUAACUUGUUAUAAUUGUGCGGACUGUAGGACAGCUAGUUAUGCUAUUAUACUGUUUGAAAAUCAAUAUUAUGAUGAUUGUUUUACGGUGCGGAAAUUUUUGUUAUUAACCAUUUUCGUUGUAGUUUUCCUUUUGGAUGUUAUUUUUUUGCAAUUGUAUACACCGAUAUAUUAUUUGUUAUUUAAGGUUUGGUAUUUUUUUUCUUUCACUAUUCUUUAUACAAAUAGGUGGAAAAGCUAGGGGAAAUACAUUCUUUUGUUAUUAAAUUACACUAAUUGAAUGGGAGUGACUUUGCAGUUUAGUGACGAAAUAAGGAAAAACACAUAAAUAUCAAGCGGUAGAUAAUUUUUGCAGCGAUGGCCAGGCUUUUGCUAUGAUUAGGGGUAUUGAUAGCGAAAUUGUAACACAUCUACACAUGUUCUUAUGGUUCGGAUACAAAUAAAGAAUGCUCUAUGCAAACGAAA